AUUCAUGAUUUCCUCAACAGAUGCAGCUGUGCUAAACCAAAGGCCUGAGUACAGUGGAUCAGUGUUCUCAUCCUGAAGAGCUGAAAUGGCGUACUCACAGAUCCGUGUGAGAAUUCUCCCCAGCAUCCGCUGUUUCUUUGAUAAACUGGUGCACGUGAAAGUGGAGGGCCUCGCUCCUCACAAACCGGUGGAAUUGAGAUCCAAACUGGUCGACGACAGAGGCGUGAUAUUCAAGGCUUCGGCCCUCUACAAAGCAGAUGAAAGUGGACAGGUGGAUGUCUCUCGUGCUCCCUCUCUGGGAGGAAGUUACACCGGAGUGGAGCCCAUGGGUUUGUUCUGGUCCCUGGCACCAGAGACGCCGCACAGUAAAAUCCUGAAGAAGAACGUGCUCAGCCCAACACAGGUAACGAUUGAAGCACUCAGCGGAGAGACUGGUGAGCUGUUAGCAUCUGAAACCAACGAGAGAGAAUACAUGGCAGAAGGGAUGAAAAGGAUUCCUGUGCAAGAGGGAAGAAUACGAGGAGUCCUCUUCAUACCGCCUGGAAAAGGUCCGUUUCCUGGAAUAGUGGAUCUGUACACAUUCGGUGGAGGUCUCACUGAGCCCAGAGCGAGCCUCCUGGCAAAUAAAGGCUUUGUUGUGCUCGCACUGGCCUAUUUAGGCUACGAGGAUCUACCAAGGAAAGCUGAGAAGUUGAAUCUGGAGUACUUUGAAGAGGCUGUAACAUAUCUAAGAAGACAACCAGAGGUUAAAGGUCCUGGGAUCGGCAUCAUAUCCAUCUCUCACAGUGGUGGUAUUGCUUUGGCGAUGUCGUCCCUCCUCUCGGGGAUCUCUGCGACCGUCUGCAUUAACGCCUGCAACGCGAACACUGUGAUUCCUUUGCACUACAAAGAGCUGGUUAUGCCUCCUCUUUAUCCCGUCUUAGACAAUAUCAAAUUCCUGGACUCUGGCAUUCUUGAUAUACGGGACGCCCUCCCAGACCCGUCUUUGGAGGAGAACAGAGAGUCUUUGUUUAUGGUGGAACGUGCCAGCUGCCAGUUCCUGUUCGCAGUUUCUGAAGACGACCACAACUGGAACAGCGGCUUUUUUGCCAAGCAAGCUGUCGAAACGCUCAGGAAACACGGGAAAAAGUCUUACGAGCUGGUGACAUACCCGAAAGCGGGUCACUUUUUGGAAGUGCCACACAUGCCGUAUUGUGGGUCGACGUUUCACGGAGCGGUAGGGACCCCUGUGGUGUUCGGUGGCGAGCCAAAAGCCCACUCGGAGGCUCAGCUGGAUCUGUGGGAACGAGUCCAGGAGUUCUUCAAGAGCCACUUAGUCAACAAGAGCACUUGUUAGCAAGCACUGCUGCGUCAAGUGUAUCAAGCAUCUUAGAAAAUGCCUUCUUCAGCUCUGCUUGACCCUGCCUUUAGUUUUGAAUGAAUUCAGUGUAACAUUAACGCUUUUAUUCAGAUAGAAGUUCUUGAGUGGAGAAAUCAAAAGCUUAGCUUGUCAAUGAGGCUUGUGUUCAGAUUCAGUGUAACACUAAGACAAGGCAGAGAGCCAACGUGCAUAUCAGGAGCUUAGAAGUGACACAUUUUACUGUAACGCAGCCAUCACUACUGUGAUUAAAACAAGACAUCUUUCACAGCCUGCCAGAAUGAAAUAUCCCACAGUAACAACUCAGUGUUUUGUUGUAGAAAACGGUCAUUAAUCAGCUGGAACAACUAAAACCAUCUCUAAAAAGAAUAGACUCCUUCCCCUUUUUGAUUUUUUUGUUCAUGCUUGGAAAGAGCCGAGUAAGAAUCGACUUCCGUUUUUGACUUUCAGUGAUUUUAAAUUCAGCUAACCAAUCAACUAUCAGCAUGGACUCUGACAAACAUGCUGACGGAAAAUAAAAGCAGCUUUCCAGUGAGCGCAGAGCUAAACCUCUACAAGGGUGAACCAAAAGGCUGGAGGCAGAAAGGAGGGCGGCUGAGGUGGUGGAGGUAAAGCUUUGCCAGCAGCAGAAGCAGCAGCAGCAGCAGAGUGUGUGCAGCGUUGGUGUAGCAGAGAUCAGUGAGACGGAAGUUGCAUUUUAAAUGGGCUACCUUGACCUGAGAAUGAGCUGUGAUUAGUUUGUGUGUGAUCAGAAGCAAUGAUUCAAUCAGCUGAUUAGAGAGCUGGGGCGUGUAACUUCUGUGUCCUGCUUGAAGUCACGCACAGCUUCAUUUAAAAAAGGUGUUGCUAAGAUUUUAACAUGAGAGGAGCACUGUUCAAGAGAGUUUGCCAAAGGGGAGCUGGGUGCCUCUAUUAGCUUUGAAGCUCCGCCCAUGCAAGUAGUAGAAGAGGAGAUUUUCUACAUUGUCAUAUUACCAUAUUGUAUAAUUUAUUUUGAGGUAAUAGUAAAAAAAAAAAAAAAAAAGAAGAAAUUAUAGUGAAUUUAAAAGAUCAGCAAUUAUCCUUUAAGAGAGGGCAGUUAUUUCUACCCUGUCAUGAUAUCUCUCUUAAGAAAAAAAAUACUUACACUGAUCUCAACUACAUUUCCCAGCUCUGGUAGUAUAGAAGGAAAACGCUGUAACUUUUUUUUUCUUUAACAAUUAUCCAAUAUCACUGUUGGUUCAGACGAUAAAAAAGACACUAUGAAUGACUUCAGACAGAUUUUGGUGCGAGAAUGUGGACGUGCAGCAAAUUGAGUACAAAUGUUUUAAUGUAACCUCCACAUCAGAUUAUACGGAUAAUAGAGGAACAUUUGGAUACAAGACGAACUAAUCCUCUCAGACUGAUUUCACACAAUCACCAGGCACUUAGCAUGAAAGUUAAAGAGGAAGAAAAAGUACCUUUCUUAUCUUUAUGAUACUCUGAUAUCACUGCUACUCAAGGUUAAGGAAUGUAUGACGUAUCCAGAGUCAGUCAUCGACCUGUACUGAUACAAUAACCUCCUCUUAGAGCAAACUGUCUUUAGAUAAAGGCGAACACACAGACAUCUCUCCUGUAGGAUUAACUCCUCACUGAGAUUUGUUUCAAGUGUAAAUGUCGGCCUCUAGUGGCAGCUCAGGCUUUCUACGUGCAUUGAUGUUUCUUGCAGUGAAAAGUGGUGUCACACAAAAACACUGUAAUAUGAAACAAAAAAGGGAGCGCUGAAAUGAUGAAAUCAUGUGAAACAGAAGAAUAUUGGUCUCACUGUUGCAGUUUAAUUCCCCAGUCAAAGUUCAAAACCUUCGCUCGGCUUUUUCGCUUCUUUUAAAGGGAAGUGGAGUUGAUUUGAUGAUGUAAGCUUUUCUCUUUGGGGUUUUUACGACCAAGUCUGUUUCAAAGAAGGGAGUGUGUCCUGAAGUGGGAUACAAAGAGGGUGAAAUCUCUUCUAUCUUUACGAACACAUGAUGGAGGCAGGACUUCUCGUUUGAGAGUCAAAUCCUCGUUGCCUCUCUGGAUACCGUCGUUAUUGAAUAAAUAUGACUACUUGAGUUGGCAGAACAAGGAUUCUAGUGAGCACUAAAGUGAGCAUAAUUGUCCAACAUGAGAUCAAACUUUGACUGUCUAUUUUCACAUAAAGUUGAAUAAUUCUAUAACAGAGUGGUUUAUUGAACAGUUUCUGUAUUGACAUGUUAAUAAUAUUACAAAUAAAGCUUCAGAAU